AUGGCCGAAGUCGGCGAGGACAGCGGCGCCCGCGCCCUGCUGGCGCUGCGCUCGGCGCCCUGCAGCCCCGUGCUGUGCGCCGCGGCCGCGGCCGCCGCCUUCCCCGCCGCCGCGCCCGCGCCGGCCCCCGCACCCCCGCCCGGGCCGCCCGCGCAGCCCCCGCCCGGGCCGCCACCGCCGCCGCCGCCCCCGCUGCCGCCCGGCGCGAUCGCGGGCUCGGGCGCGGGCGCGGGCGCGGCGCCGGCCCUGGUGGCCGCGGCGGCCGCCUCGGUGCGGCAGAGCCCGGCGCCGGCGCUGGCGCGCCUGGAGGGCCGCGAGUUCGAGUUCCUCAUGCGGCAGCCCAGCGUCACCAUCGGCCGCAACUCGUCACAGGGCUCGGUGGACUUGAGCAUGGGCCUGUCGAGCUUCAUCUCGCGGCGCCACCUGCAGCUCAGCUUCCAGGAGCCGCACUUCUACCUGCGCUGCCUCGGCAAGAACGGCGUCUUCGUGGACGGGGCCUUCCAGCGGCGCGGCGCGCCCGCCCUGCAGCUGCCCAAGCAGUGUACCUUCCGGUUUCCCAGCACGGCCAUCAAGAUCCAGUUCACGUCGCUGUACCACAAGGAGGAGGCUCCGGCCUCCCCGCUCCGGCCGCUGUACCCGCAGAUCUCUCCUCUGAAGAUCCACAUCCCGGAGCCGGAUCUCCGGACCCUGGUCAGCCCUGUGCCCUCCCCGACUGGCACCAUCAGCGUCCCCAACUCAUGCCCGGCUAGUCCGCGCGGCGCCGGGUCCUCGGGUUACCGCUUCGUCCAGAACGUGACCUCGGACCUGCAGCUGGCAGCAGAGUUCGCAGCGAAGGCCGCCUCGGAGCAGCAGGCAGACGCGUCCGGAGGGGACAGCCCCAAGGACGAGUCGAAGCCGCCGUACUCGUACGCGCAGCUCAUCGUGCAGGCCAUCUCCUCGGCCCAGGACCGGCAGUUAACACUAAGCGGCAUCUACGCCCACAUCACCAAACAUUACCCCUACUACCGGACGGCCGACAAAGGCUGGCAGAAUUCUAUCCGACACAACCUCUCUUUGAACCGCUACUUUAUUAAAGUCCCACGUUCCCAGGAGGAGCCUGGGAAGGGGUCGUUUUGGCGAAUAGACCCUGCCUCAGAAGCUAAACUCGUGGAACAGGCAUUCCGGAAGCGGAGGCAGAGAGGCGUCUCCUGCUUCCGCACCCCCUUUGGGCCUCUGUCCUCAAGGAGCGCCCCGGCCUCGCCCACGCACCCUGGGCUGAUGUCCCCUCGCUCGAGUGGCCUGCAGACCCCAGAGUGCCUGUCUCGGGAGGGCUCCCCGAUCCCACACGACUCUGACUUGGGGUCAAAGUUAACUGCUGUUCCAGAGUAUCGGUAUUCCCAAAGUGCGCCCGGCUCCCCUGUCAGUGCCCAGCCGGUGAUCAUGGCUGUGCCUCCCCGCCCGUCCAGUUUGGUGGCCAAGCCCGUGGCCUACAUGCCAGCCUCCAUCGUGACGUCACAGCAACCCGCAGGCCACGCGAUCCAUGUUGUGCAGCAGGCCCCCACCGUCACCAUGGUCAGGGUGGUCACCACCUCCGCCAGCUCCGCCAAUGGGUACAUCCUGGCCAGCCAGGGCUCGGCAGGGGGCUCCCACGACGCCGCGGGCACAGCCGUGCUGGACCUGGGCGGUGAAGCCAGAGGCUUGGAGGAGAAACCCACCAUCGCGUUUGCCACGAUCCCCGCGGCCAGCGGAGUGAUCCAGACGGUGGCCAGCCAGGUGGCCCCGGGAGUCCCGGGACACACGGUCGCCAUCCUGCAGCCGGCCGCGCCAAUGGCCAUCGGGCAGCACCACCUCCCCGUGCGGGCCGUCACGCAGAACGGGAAGCACGCCAUGCCCACCAGCAGCGUGGCCGGCAGCGCCUACGCCCUCACCAGCCCCCUGCAGCUCCUGGCGGCCCAGGCGAGUUCGUCCACGCCAGUGGUGGUCACCCGGGUGUGCGAGGUGGGGCCCGAGGAGCCAGCAGCAGCCGGCGCGGCAGUGGCCACCGCCACACCAGCCACCACCUCUGCCACCACCACCGCCACCUCGGCCUCUUCCACCGGGGAGCCCGAGGUCAAGAGGUCCCGGGUGGAGGAGCCCAGUGGGACUGGAACCACGCAGGCUGGGGUCAUCACAGCCGCCGGCCCCCAGGGGCCAAGCCCUGGGGAGUGACGUCACCUGCUCCGGGUGGAGUGGGACUCACCCAGCAGCGCCCCCGGAGCUGGGCCUGGCAGUGCAGGCAGCCGCGCCCACGGACGCAGGAGAACAGCGGCCUGUGGCGCCCAGCGGGCAGGUGGCUCGGCAGGGGCCCCCGGACACACCUAGCCCUUUCCAUUUUAUCUCCUGUCGUCCCGUGGUUCAAAACAAAACACAUAAACGAGUUCAGACAACUGAUUGUAUGAUUCUGGGAAUUCUUUGUUUUUGCUCCUCCCUCAGCACCCCCUCCUGUCCCCAGGCCUCUCCGUCAGGGUGCAGGGACAAGGCUGUAGCUCAACAUCCCAAGGAAGGUGUCAGACAGUCCCCCGAGAGCAAGCGGCCAGCACGGCAGCGGCACGGUACACGCCAGCCUCCCCGGGAAGAUGUGACGAGGUGACAGGCCAGAGCGGCAGGGGCUAACCUCCUGUUUCCUGCUGUUUUUUCCCCGCUCCUGACGUAGAAAGUAUCGGCAUUAACUUGGAGGGGUCCCGGUUUGGCUUUGGACUGCAAAUAUUUCUUUUGUUUAAACAUGGAAUUCAUGCUGAAUCAUAAAUCUGAGACAAACACAAAAAAGAGAAUAUAUUUGAGGUUUUCAUCUUCAGCUGUGGGUCUGGGGUUCUUACCGGCAUUAGUCCCCUCGAAGAGUCAACCUGCCGCUCUGUCUGUCAACUGCAAGCGAGAUCCACGGCUUCCUGCCUGGUGUCUGAGGGAGAAAGGUCCUUGGACAAAAGGUCCGUCCAGAGCCCACGGGCCACAGCGUCCAGCACCGGCCACGGCUGGGUCACCUGCCCCAGCACUGGAGGUGGGAGGAGCUUCCCGUGUUCUACGGUGGCUUUGUCGUCCUGUGGCUGAUGAGUACAGCAGGCCCCACCUGUGCCGAGCGCAGUCUGCGCGUGCUGCUUGUCACCAGAUCUAUCUGCUGUUUUAAAUUGGAGCCAUCUCUUCUGCCUGAAGUGCGGGGGCUGUGGUCAGCCGGCAGAAAGGAGGCCCCUCCGCGCACAGCUGGUACACACUGUGCCCCCCACGCUCUGCCGCUGCCGCCUCACGUGGCUCAGUCUGCAGCACGGUGAGAACCAAAGGAUGGGCGGUGCCGCUCGGUCUCCUGGCUCCUGGGUCCGUCGGGAAGUAGCCCUGCCCCUGCAGACAGCCGGUGGCACCUCGAGCCACGUCCUGCGAGCAGAGCCAGACGGUGCGGGGAUGAGAGUGGAGUCCGGCAGCUUCUCUUGGAGAAUGUUUUCAGGAACGCCAAGGGCAUCUAUGUGAAGAUCGACUUUAAAUUUUGCUCUAGUGUUGGUUCUCCUGGUAGCGACGACAAAUAGAAACAACGGACACGUUCAACACGGAGCUCCAUGAGUCUCUGAGCAGUGACCAUUGUCAGCAGUGGCCUGUCCUCGGCACUGCAGCCUCCGCCCUGGCCCCGUGGAAAACCACAGAGAGACCCAGUUCCCUGGAGAGCGUCUGAGGGAACAGCAGGUGGCCCCCAGGAACCGGGACCUGGCUGCGCACGGCCACCCUAGAGUGAGGGGGACACACCUUUCAAAAUGGCCACCGGUGUGACCCAGCCACAGCCACCCAGGGCCACUGUCCCCGGACAAGCACAGAACAUCUGCUGGCUCCCUCCUUUCUGCCGUGGUGGGAAAAUCCCUGUCCUGUUGUUUUUUAAGGCCCCCAAACCAGUUGUUUAUAUGGCACUAAACUUUAAAUGGAAAUAA